UUCAGACAUGUGAAAGUCAACAUAUAUAGUAAUAGAUGCAUUAACUUAUUGAAAAUUCAAACCUCAGCUCCUCUUAAAAUAUAAUUUAAAAUAAAUUAUUUGCUAAUACAAGAUUACAAUAAGUGCACAGAAAAGCUAUAUUAAACAGAAGCUAAGUUUACCGUAAGUACACACUGCUGUCAUGAGCCACAUUCUGCCAUUCAUGGAUGCACCUCACCUAAACACAUUUUUUCUUACAGUACUUUAAAGAUCUAAAUGUGACUAAAGUAACUGAAGCUACAUACACUUCUUUUUAAGCAGUAGGUAUAACACUUUAGCAUUCGUAUGCAUGCUUCCUUUAUUUGAGAUUUGUAAGGUUUACAGGUCUGAAAUAUGAGCCACACAACCUUGAAUAUCCUGAGACCCUUCGAAGCACCUCAUUUAUUUCCUUCUCCCUCUCUACAGUGAGUGAAAUUCCUGAAGAGGUUGUUGUCCCCUGCUGAUCAGGUCCAAACCUGUACAGCACAAAGGAGAUGAUGGACUCAAUCAUGAAAGCUGGAUUAGUAGAAUCACUCUUUCUUCUUUGUGUUGCAAAUUUAGUUUCCCAUGGAUAUGGAUCACAACAACUUCUGGCUGAUAAAGAAACCAUUUUGAAGAUAUCAACUUCUGGAAAAUUAAUUCAGUGUUCUGCAGCAAUUGAUAUACUCCUGGUUAUGGAUGGCUCCUACAGUAUUGGAAAAGGUAGCUUUGAAAGAUCAAAGCACUUUGCAGCUAAGCUGUUUGAUGUGCUUGACAUAAAUCCAGAUCGGGUACAAGUUGGAGUCAUCCAGUACAGUUCAAAAUCAAAAGUUGAAUUUGCUUUGGAUGCUUAUCCCACAAGAGAAGAAGCAAAAGAUGCCAUUAAGAAAAUUCGUUUAAGGGGUGGUAGCACUGAAAUUGGAAGGGCCAUUAAAGACAUCCUGCGAAAAGGUUUCCCAGGUGGGAGAAAAGAAGUGCCUAAGAUUAUGGUUAUUCUGACUGAUGGGAAGUCUCAAGACAACAUUACUCUCCCGGCAAUUUUUGCAAAGAAAAGUGGAAUAACACUUUUUGCUGUUGGAAUUAAAUAUCCUAAGUGGAAAAUACUGCAUAGUCUUGCAAGUGAACCAAGUGAGAUGUAUGUUUUUUUUGCAGAGGAUUAUGAUGAUGCAGUGAAUGGACUUUACACUACUUUAACACAAAUUACUGUGUGCAGUGACAUACAUCCUUAUUGUAAAGUUGAGUCCCGGUACUGCCUAAGGACCACUAUCGAAGCUGAAAAAGAAUUCCAAGGAAAUCAUAUGUGUUGGAAAGGAAAACCUGAAGGACUGUAUUCAAAACCAAUGGCUACUCUAUGUCCUUUUUACGGAUGGAAACGGAUAAACAGCACAGUGCUGAGUCGAUGUCAUCGGACAAUAUGUCCAGAUCCAUGUGAAUCCACCCCCUGUCAGAAUGGAGGGACUUGCCUUACUGAAAGUGUUGAAGAGUACAGCUGUCUUUGUCCUCUGGGUUAUGGAGGGGACAAGCAUUGUGGUGGAGACAGAUAUCUCAUACCUGCAGGGCUAUCAGAUUGUGCAGUGGACCUCGUUUUCCUGAUAGAUGGAUCUUGGCACAUGGGCUUACACGCAUUUCUUAUGGCAAAAGAUUUUAUGAAAAGACUUGCUCAUUCGGUCUUUAUUUCAUCAAAUAAAGUUCAGAUUGGAGUUGCCCAGUAUGGUGAUAAAGUUCAUAUGGAGAUCACCAUGCAAUUUUACCAAAAUGUUUCUGAAUUAAACAGUCAAAUUGAUGGAAUUUCCUUUAGGGGAGGGAACACAUUCACAGGAAGAGCUCUGGAUUAUAUGGCUCAACAUGGCUUCAAAGUUUCUCAAGGAAGUCGAAUGGAAGUUCCCCAUGUGUUGAUCCUAUUGUCUAAUUCCAAAUCACAUGACCUGGUGACUUUGCCUGCUGAACGAGCGAAAGAGAAGGAGAUAUUCAUUCUAACUGUUGGUGGCCACAGGCUCUUUAAUGAAAUGAACAUCAUUACUGGAGAUUCAAGAAUGGUGUUUUCUUUCAACGAUGAGCAGGAAUUGUUCAACAGGGUCCUGGAAAUGAGAACCAAAUUAUGUGGAUUAAAUUCCCCAGGUUGUUUUUCAAAGUCCCUGGAUCUAGUGUUUGUUUUGGAUGCAUCCAAUAAUGUUGGAAGAAAUGAUUUCCGGCUUAUAAAAAGCUUCAUCAAAAAUAUAAUUUCCCAAUUUGAUAUCGACUCUGACCUCACUCAGAUUGCACUGGUGAUUUAUAACAAGAAGCCACGAAUGAUUUUCAGUCUGGACACAUUUGACAGUGAAGGGGCCAUGAAAAAAAGUAUAAGCCUUGCUCCAUAUUUGGGUGGUCAUGCACAAACUGGAAGAGCCUUACGAUUUGUAUUAGAAGAUGCAACAAGUACUAAGAAGGGAGCGAGACCUGGAGUUACAAAAGUUGUGCUUGUGGUAACAAAUGGCCAAAGUACAGAUGAUGUAACUUCUACUGUGGAUCAGCUAAGCCAAGAUGGUAUUACUUUGCUUGUUAUUGGAGCUGGAGAAGCUCAGUCACCAGCUCUACUGAAAAUUGCCAGAAGCCCCAAGUUUAUGAUUCCUGUGCCAUCAUAUGAACAUUUAAAGCAUUAUGAAGCUAACUUAGUACGGAAAAUAUGCAAUGGUAAGAACAACAAAAUGGUCAACGGGCAUUUUGAUUUCUUGUAGCACACCUACACUAUACAACACAUAGCUGUGGACGUGGAUAUCCACAUCAUGGCAUUUCCACUGGAGAGGAAUCAUAGGCAGCAUGGUGAAGUGGCCAAUGCCCUGGAAUUUAAACCACAAGGCUGCUGGUUUGGAUCGUGAUUUGCCUUAUACCUAGUGCUCCCUGAAUAGCCUUCAAUAUCCUGUGA